UUCAGGUGGUAUCCUGUAGAGGCAGGAGGCUUAGUGCCAAUAACAAAUGGUAGGGGUUGCUAAUCACAUUUUUUAGUCCCAUAUCGGGGAGUUCAGGAAUGAUGAAAUAAGCGUCUUUAUCAUGGAACUGUCUGAAGUAGUUUGCAGCUUGCUCCAAGUCUCAGUAUUUACAGUUUUUAUACACUGCAGAUAGCUCAUGAAAUAAAGUAGAUGUGAUCACAACAAGCAGGAAUUGCAAUGAUCUAGCAACUGUGAUCUCAAAGACUGCUCCUAAAAAAGUUGGGCCCUCAGGAGGGCAAAGGUGAGAUUCAGAAGUGGAAACUUAAAAGAAGUUGAAAGAUGCACAUUGCUGUAAAACUAACAAUCAAGAAGGCAAGAAAAGUUUUGGAGAAAAAGUCACCUGCACAUUUGGUAUAAACAUCUGAUCUGCAGUUUUUUCUAUCAAAUCACCAACCUGAUAAAUGUUCUUUGUAAUAUGCCUGUAAUGACGGGCAGCAUGCCUGCCUAACGUGACGACUGGUAUAUUUGCAAGUGUUAUAUACCUUGAUAUUUUAAUCUUUAUUUAUGCAGGGACUCAAACCAAUAGUUCCCACUGAAUCCCCAGCUCUGAUUUCUGGGACAACAACUAAACUUGCUUCAGAUUUACCAGCAACUGAUUCUUUCUUGGGUAAAAACAAGGUGCCAGACCUACAGAAACUUUUUCAGAAAGCAGAUGGACUGCCAGUACACCUGAAACGAGGAGUUCCAGAUAAGCUGCUUUAUCGGACCACUAUGGCUCUAACAAUUGGUGGGACUAUCUACUGUCUAGUAGCACUGUACAUGGCCUCACAACCAAGAAACCAAAAGUAAAUGAACCUCAACUCAUGGGACUCGUAACACUUCUCUGAAGGACCUCCUGCAUGUAUCUCUCUGCACUCGCUUUAAUUCUGUGAUCAUACUGGGUUCAUUAUUCAGAUCAAUUUCUUGGAGAAAGUGUUUUUAAGCUGGUUGCCUUACGUGUUCUAGAAAUCAAUAUAAACAGACAUAAAGAUAUAAUUUUAACAUAUGGUUGUAGCUUUGUAUUUGUUGUCUCGCAGGAGUGUAUGUGAACAGUUGGAGAAAGUUAAGCUUUUCCUUCCUUCCCUCCCCCAGUUUAAACAAUGUUAGAGAUAGGACAGGACAAAUCCUUUGUGGACUAUGCUCCACAUUCCUUAGUGGGAGGAUGCUACUGGUUUCCAAAACAGUAAAAGCAAAUCAAUUAUUAUAACAUACUGGGAAGCAGUUUCUGUUAUACACGGCUCAUUUUACAUUAGCAGGUGGCAGUGGAACUUUUCCAAAUGCUGGUGUGUUAUUAAAUAUUUGUACCUCUGGUGGUAGGACAAAGGGCUUAUCUCCCUGGAGCAUUUAAAGUGGAUUUAUUCCAUAAUGUUAGCAUCACCGUAUGCAGCAGAGUGCACCAGUAUUGCAGCAGCAAUUUUACCAGUUUUUGGACUUCAUUUGUCAAAUUAUCUUACUGUGCAAUAAAGAUAACCACAUGAAUAAUGAAAGAGGCAAGUCUUGAAAGUUUCGGACCACUUCAGCUGGCCUGGCAGUGAAAUAAACAUUACUGGUACACUUUUGUUUAAAUUCAACUUGUAGAUCUCAACCCAGACAAUUGAUUCAGCUACCUUAUUGUAAUCUUCUUGAGAUGGUAAUCCUCUUAAAACACUCUCUCAGAGCUCGUUGGGUGUUUAACAACAAUAAUUUUUGGUGAAACAGGUCACAGCUCAGCUGCAUGCUAUUUUCAGUGCAUGCACAUACUUACAUACACACACAUUUCCUUUGCUGUGUGGGUAGAAGAAAGAGAAGCCGAUAACGCCCUUUAUUGAUUUUUUUUUAAUAUAGCCUUGAACUGCAAGUUUCACACAAAUCUUCACAAAAAGCCUCCUCUAAUUUGAUAGAUCCUCCUCUGCCUAUGACCAUUGAGUAUUCACUCUUGGACACCCAGGCUCUGGAUAAGCAUGCAUUCACUGGCCUCUGUAAAGACCCAUCUCUCCCAGAGCUGUGCAGAAACCACCUUCCCUAUAAAUAGGGAAAGCAGCUGAUAAAGGAACCUAAAAUUCCAUUUCUUCAAUCUCUUACUAAAAACAUUAUGAUUUUUUUCCAGUCAAGUUAUAUCAAAGGCUUAUUUCUGUUCCAUAGGAAAGAAAAUAGCUGCUUGUAUUGUGAUCUCAGGUUUCAGUUAACAUUGGUACUUCCGGAUGGGAGAGAUUAAGUCACUGAAAAAGAAAUUUGUAAGGAUAGCAAGACUCAAAGAACAGCAGAGAAGGAUUUAAGUUUUCCAGAAAUUGACAGCUGUGUUGCCUCUACUGAUAAAAUUUUAUUCUCAGUAGGCCAUACUCCCAUGGCACUAAGAAUCUUGUGCUGUGGGCUGUUAAAUCCUAUUUUAAAAAAACGGAAAUUAAAAA